UAUAUUACAGUGUCCUCUCAAUGUAUGAGCAGACAGAGUCUCACUAUGCCGCACAUAUUUUUGGGGUCAGGUUGGCUUGCUGUUUUUCCACAACUCAAGCAAUUACUUUCCCUUUUCUUCCUGAUGUCAUUCUUCUGCUUUAUGCUAAAUUAUGAUGCUACGACACUUGUUGUCAAGAGGUUCUAGCGUAGUCUUUGGAUAAUUAUGGUAUAUUUGGCAUAUACCAAUUAAGUUAUCCAAGGGGUACCUGUACUCACGUGCUAUAAAUUGUAUGUGCAGGAAAUGGAUACCUACCUGUGCAGUGAGCUCUUCAGAAAUUGUGCUAGAUUUGCUUAUAAUCCGGAGAAAUCUUCAUCGGUUUGUAUUGUUUGUGUUCAAUACUGAAACUUACAAUGCACACGAAUAAUUUAUUAGUUUGCAUUUCAGUCAAAAUUAUUAGUUUGCAUAUGCAUUUUUUAUUGAGUAGUUUCUCUGAAAUUUGAAAAAGGAUGACAGAGGUUCUUAUAAUCUGGAAAACAAUCUUCACCAGUUUAUAGGUUUAUUCAUAUGCCAGUCCAAGUAUAGUUCUUGGGUUACCGUCCCAAAUGUGAAUGCAUUUCCAUUUAUCUGCUUGGUUAGACACCUUAGUUUGAAACUUUCUUCUGCAAUAACCAACUAGAUGGACUCAUGGACACUCUAAUUGGUCAGCUUGAAAAGUCAACAUAGGUGUAGUCAGCAACAAUUUGAAGUGCAUAACCCGGCUGAAACCCAAAAUUAUUUUGACUGCUCAAUCUUUCAUCUUAAUUCACAGUUUUCACAGGCAUUUGCUCAUAUGAAAUGAUAUCCUGGAGGCUGGAUGGUCGAGCCUCCCAGCUUGAAAACAAGACAGAGUGGGCCCGGUUGCAGUCUGAUUAGAAGUCGAAUAUGCAUAUGCGCAACUGACCUGGUUCCAGACCAUCCUAUCUAGGUCCAAUCAGAGUUCAUUGCUAUAUGCUAUGGCACAGUUCAUCUCACAAAGUGAAAAGCUCCAGCCUAGGUGCUCGCUGACAAACUCUCCAAAUUAAGCAAGUGAUGGUGCGAGCCACACAUCCAACAUCACUGCACCAAGCAACAGCACUGGUCCUAAUAUUCUUCCAGAAACUGAUUGUCUUCUUCCUGCCGAUGGCACUGGCAAUGCCAGUGGAUGGCAUCGCGUUGCUGGCGCUGCCAGGCUGCCCCGACAAGUGUGGCGACGUGCCCAUACCUUACCCCUUCGGCAUCGGAGCGCAAUGCGCCGCAGUCAGCCUCAACAGCUUCUUCAACCUUGACUGCAACAACACCUUCCAACCGCCGCGUCCGAUGGUCGGGGGCCCUGCUGGCGUGGCCAUUGAAGUUGCCGAUAUCUCACUGGAGCGCGGUGAGCUACGGGUGCUUGUCCCCGUCAGUUACAUCUGCUUCACAUCGAGUGCCACUGAAGAGGAGAUCGUGUGGUGGUUCAGCCUGAGGGACACGCCGUUCCUCCCAUCCCCUGGGCGCAACCGCUUCACGGUCAUUGGCUGCAACACCCUGGGACUUGUCGGAGGUUUCCGCGGGGGCACGAGCCAGUACCUUGCCGGCUGCUACACCUACUGUGAUGGCCCUAACGGCGCAUCCGACGAUGGAGCGCCGUGCACCGGGACAGGCUGCUGUGAGGCGUCCAUCCCGAUCAAUCUCACUGACCUUAGGGUGGUAUUUCCAAAUAAAAAUAGCAGUGUGUGGGAAUUCAACCCGUGCUUCUAUGCCAUGAUCGCCGAGGUUGGGUGGUACAGCUUCCAGCGCCGUGACCUUGUCGGCCAGCUUGGGUUUGUCAGCAACAGGGCAAAGAAUGGUGUACCUCUCAUCGUGAACUGGGCGGUCAGGAAUGGAUCAUGCCCAGAGCCAAGAAACUAUGCAUGUGUCAGCACGAACAGCUAUUGCGAGAGUGCAAGCAAUGGACCUGGGUACCUGUGCCAGUGCUCCCUGGGGUAUGAGGGCAACGCCUACCUCCACAGCGGUUGCCAAGAUAUAGAUGAAUGCGUGCUGCGUGAGCAAGACCCCAAGAACGAAGAGCUGUAUCCUUGCCGGCAUGGUGUCUGUCUCAACACUCCAGGAGGGUAUGACUGUAAAUGUAAGGGGGGAACAAAAUCUGAUGGCACAAAUUUUGGAUGUCGACCUCUGCAUACUCGAGAUGAACAGCUGGCUAUAGGCCUGAGUGUUUCUGCCAUUGUGAUGAUAUCCUCGGCUUGUUUUCUUAUUAUGCAAUUACAAAAGAGAAGGCACAAGAAGGACAAAGAAGAGUAUUUCAAACAAAAUGGAGGGCUCAAAUUAUAUGAUGAGAUGAGAUCAAAGCAAGUCGACACAGUUCGCAUACUCGCAGAAAAAGAGAUCCGGAGAGCCACUGAUAACUACAGUGAAGAUCGAGUUCUUGGAUGUGGUGGACAUGGAAUGGUGUACAAGGGUACUUUGGAUGACCAGAGAGAGGUCGCCAUAAAGAAGUCAAAGGUAAUCAACGACAAUUGCAGGGAUGAGUUCGUCAAUGAGAUAAUAAUCUUGUCACAGAUCAACCACAGAAACAUCGUGAGGCUACUAGGCUGUUGCCUGGAUAUAGAUGUCCCAAUGUUGGUCUACGAGUUCGUCUCCAACGGCACACUAUAUGAGUUUCUUCACGGUAGUGCUGAUCACAUUCUGUCGCCAAUUCCACUGGACCUUCGUCUGAAGAUUGCCACACAAUCGGCAGAAGCUCUUGCUUACUUGCACUCAUCGACAUCUCGCACGAUCCUGCAUGGGGAUGUCAAAUCUGCCAACAUUCUGCUGGAUGAUCAGCGCCACGCCAAGGUUGCAGAUUUUGGAGCAUCGGCGCUCAAGUCCAUAGACGAAAGUGAGUUCAUCAUGCUCGUCCAGGGAACCCUCGGCUACCUCGACCCCGAGAGCUUCAUCAGCCACCUACUCACUGACAAGAGCGACGUGUACAGCUUCGGGGUCGUCCUCCUUGAGCUGGUGACAAGGAAGAAGGCUUUAUAUGUUGAUAAUAACUCCAAUGAAAAGAGAUCCUUGUCCCACAAUUUCCUCCUGAUGUUUCACCAGAACAAGCACAAGACAAUGCUUGACCCUGAGAUCACAGACAAUGAUGUGGACAUGGCGGUUGUUGAGGAGCUCGCCAUCCUCGACGUGCAGUGCCUGAGCGCAAGGGGGGACGACAGGCCAACGAUGCAGGAAGUCGCAGAGCGGCUCCGAGUGCUGAGGAGACACCUUGUGUAUGCAGCUGGUGAUGAGAAAACCCAUUGUUACUUUGACAACAACUAUGGAGGAUCGCCGUCGGUGGUUCUCCCUUUGGACGAGAUGACAGAAGGGAGCUUUGAGACGUGUAAACUGGUGCUGGCCGUCUAGGCUCUUGCAUCGUCUGGACAUGUAUUCGUGUGUUUGACACUUUGAGUUGAGGGAUGUAAAAUAUGACUCUUUUGAACUCAUUUAGAGAUUGUUGGAGGAAGGUUGAUUCUCAUGGAAGUUCUGGAUUUAGUUUU